AUGCGGCCUGAUGACAUUAAUCCGAGGACUGGGCUGGUGGUGGCCCUGGUCAGCGUCUUCCUGGUCUUUGGUUUCAUGUUCACCGUCUCUGGGAUGAAGGGAGAGACGCUGGGCAACAUCCCCCUCCUGGCCAUCGGGCCAGCCAUCUGCCUACCAGGCAUCGCGGCCAUUGCCUUGGCCAGGAAAACCGAGGGCUGCACCAAAUGGCCCGAAAACGAGCUGCUGUGGGUCCGCAAAUUGCCCUGCUUCCGGAAACCCAAGGACAAGGAGGUCGUGGAACUGCUGAGGACCCCUUCGGACCUGGAGUCGGGCAAGGGCAGCUCGGAUGAGCUGGCUAAGAAGGCCGGCCUCAGAGGGAAGCCGCUGCCCCUGGGGCAGGGUGAGGUGCCCAUGGCCAGCUCCAUCACCUCCCCCAGCCCCACCCCCACGCCCACGGAGGAGAGGGAAUGCCACAGCCUGGUCCCCAGCUGCCGUCCCGAGGAGACAUCCAGAUACCUGGACGGCUACUGUCCCUCGGGCAGUUCCCUUGCCUACAGUGCCUUGGAUGUCAAAGGCUCCGCCUGGGACAGAUCGGACUGCCCUGAGCCAGAGGAUAGCAUCUUCUUUGUGCCCCAGGACAGUGUGAUCGUUUGCUCUUAUAAGCAGAACAGCCCGUACGACAGAUACUGUUGCUACAUCAAUCAGAGCCAAGGCAGGUGGGAUCACGAGACUAUAGUCUGA